UUGUCUGGCAGGAGAGCCCCGUUCCUUCCCACUGAUAGGGAAAGAUUUUUCUUGGCCCCACGCCGGGAGGGGGGGAUUGCUUUGCAUUGCAUUACAAAGCUCUGCGGGAAGAGAGAAUCUGCAUUUGGAAAGAGAGACAUCGAACUGAGGGAAAGAGGGAUGGCUACAAUACUGAUUGAAUAAACUCAUUCAGGGACUAAAAGUCCCCUGACACCCCAACAUUUUAAUUGUGUGAUGGAGAAUGAGUGUGUGGAGGUGAAGGUGAACAUGUCUGUAGAGGAUGGGGCCGCAAUACUCCCACAGCAGGUGAAGGAGGAAGAGAACACAGAUUGCUUCAAGUCAUGUUCACAGAUGGCAGAAACAAAAGCCCCACAGAUUCAGCACAUAGGGACUAUCGGAGAAUUAGAAUCUGCAACAUCUCCACACCAUAUAAAAAUGGAACCAGAGGAAGGGAUACAGCAGCAUUGGGAGACCCAGUGGCAAGAGUUCUUGGGGACCCUACAGGCCUCUCACUCGGGAUGGGGGAACACACAGAUGUGUGAAGAGCUGAUACCAUGGGAGGAUGCUAAGGCUUUUCUAGCCUCCUUUGAGCAAGUUGCAUCAAUGUGUCACUGGCCUCGAGACAAGUGGGUGACCCUCCUUCUGCCAGCCCUCAGUGGAGGGGCCAGAGAGGCUUUCAGCAGCCUCAGUUCCCAAGACAGAGAGAAUUAUGGGAAGUUGAAAGCAGCCAUCUUGGAAAGAGAGGCUGUUGUGAGGGAGAAGCAGCGUCAGCACUUCCGGCAGUUCUCCUACCAAGAAGUGGAGGGGCCUAGAGCAGCUUAUGGCCAACUCCAGGAACUUUGUUGUCAGUGGCUGAAAGCAGAAAGGCACACCAAGGAGGAGAUCUUGGAACUGUUGAUUCUGGAGCAGUUCCUGACCAUCCUGCCCCAAGAAAUGCAAAGCUGGGUCCGGGAAUGUUGCCCAGAGAGCUGUAUGCAGGCGGUGAUCCUGGCAGAAGAUUUCCUCUUGAAGCAGAAUGAGGCUCUGAGAUCAAAAGACCCGAUGCCAGAGCAUUUGCCCGAGGCAGCUGUCAUUUCUUCUGAAGGGAACAAGAUUCAGCCUCCGGAUACUUGGAACUUUGUUGUGGAAGUCAAGCAGGAGUGGGAAGGAGAAGAAUGGUUGCUGGGUAAUGGGCAAGAGCGUAUGACCCAAGUGGAUAGUCUUCAUCAGGGCGGGCCUCAGGAAGGGACACCAGAUGGAAUGUCACUGGGAAGUGGCAACACAUUCCAAUAUGGCAAAGAAGAAGCAGGAGUCGGGAGUAAGACGGGACCAGGUAAGAAGCAGAGGACCAAACUUGAGAAGAAAAUGGAUGAACCUGUUGCUAAGGGUGAUCAGGAAGAAAUCAAGAUUGACAAAAAUAUACAUCGCUGUGCUUGUGGGAAGAGCUUCAGAAGCAGCUUAGAUCUUCAAAUGCACGAGAGUACACACUCUGGAGAGAAACUGGACAAAUACACAGAUUGUAGGAAAACAUUCAGUGGGGCUAGUGAACUUAGGAGCCCUGAACGAAUUAGUACUGGAGGGAAACCAUUUCAGUGCUCUAUGUGUCAGAAAAGUUUUGCUAGUGGUUCUAACCUGAUUGCGCACGAGAGAAUUCACACAGGAGAGAAACCUUUUAAAUGUUUAAAAUGUGGGAAAAUUUUUCGUCAAAAGGGAACCCUCUCAACUCAUGAAAAAAUUCACAUUGGAGAAAAGCCAUAUAAGUGUUCCCAGUGUGGGAAAAGUUUUCACCAGAAGGGAAACCUUACAACGCAUGAAAAAAUCCAUGUCGAAGAGAAACCAUUUCAGUGUUCAAUGUGUCAGAAGAGUUUUGCAAGUGGCUCUAACCUGAUUGCACAUGAAAGAAUUCAUACAGGAGAAAAACCCUAUGCAUGUUCAAAAUGUGGGAAAACUUUCCGUCAGAAGGGGACCCUUUCCACGCAUGAAAAAAUUCACAUUGGAGAUAAACCGUAUAAGUGUUCCCAGUGUGGGAAAGGCUUCCGUAGCUCUACUGAACUUACAGUCCAUGAAAGGAUCCAUACUGGAGAGAAACCAUAUCAAUGCUCAGUGUGUCAAAAAAGCUUCAGUGAUGGCUCCAAUCUCAUUACACAUCAAAGGAUUCACACUGGAAAGAAACCAUAUAAGUGCCCACUGUGUGGGAAAAGUUUCUGCCAGAGGUCAGGACUAAUGACACACGAGCGUGUUCAUACAGGACAAAAAAGGCGCUCAGCAAGUCAGAAAGGUUCCUCUCUUGGCUCCAGUGUUUCCACCAAAGGGGAAUCAAAUGCAGGUGUUGAUUGUGGGGGAGCUUCCAUCAGCACUCAAAACGCAGGACAAGUGAAAAGUGAUGUAUCAUAUAACCUAGAAGAGCAGCCAUAUCCAAGUGUAGGACAGGGCUCCCUUGAAGUUGUUGCUGUCUGUCAGUUGAGAGAAUCUAAAAUGGAAGAAAGUCCACCCUUCUGUUGACUUCCCUUAGGGUCUUGAAUCUAUUUACUUAAAUUCUCUUUUAUCCAGUUUCCCACUUACUCAGCUGAAGAAUGAGACAAAAACUGACACGUUAAAAUAAAGUGGUCUUCUGAGAGAAGAGGAAUACUAAGAGAAUACAUGAAUAAUAACACAUGAAUACACAUCGUUUCAAAGGAGUAAUUGAACAAGAGCUAGAUGAGGAAGCAUAAUCUGAACUAAAUAGUUAACUAUCAAGCAGGCAUGUUACCUGAAAUUUUAUGGUGCAGGGCAUAAGUAUUCCAUAAUACAUAAGUAUAGUGCAGGGCAUAAGGGUAUUCCUUUCAUCUCAAGCCCUGAGACUCAGAGCCAA